AUGAGGCUUCUGCUGCUGGCUCUUCCUGUCCUUGCUCUUCUGCCCCAAGUGAUCCCAGCCUAUGGUGGUGAGAAAAAAUGCCUGAGCAAAUCGGGGCACUGCAGGAAAAAAUGCAACUAUGGAGAAAUGAUUCAGGAAGCAUGUAAAAAUCAUCGUGUCUGCUGUGUCCCAGACACCAGGCACCGCAAGCAAAAGGCCUUUAUCGCUUCAACCACGGAGCCAACCUCUACGACGGAGUACGAUCUGCCCUCAGACUUCAUGGAUGUUCUUAGCAUGAUGCCAGAUUCAGGCAACUUAGCCGGGAUAGAUGACGGAGUGACAAAGACACCCGGGAGGUGGCUGGGAAGCUCUGUCCCCAGAAUUUAUGAUAGCUCAUGA